UCCCAAAUUUCUGGUUAGCCAAAUUUCCAGUUUUCCCCUGAUUUCUGGGCCAAUAAAGCCAAUGUGAGCGCUAAUGGGGAACAGUCCGAGUGCCUACCAGGUGGGUCGGAGGCCAGCGCAGCACAUCUCCGUGCAGGACAUCUGCAACUGUCAGCGGAGUGCAGAGCGGAAUCGCAGUCGGCACUGCUUCGUGAUUCGCUCACAGCGGCCUCCAAAGGGCGUGGCUGCGCAAACCCGGUGCUGCUGCACUCCUCCAGCGCCGAUAAGCCGUUGUCCGCCUCCGCCCACUAAGAUCCGCCAGCGAUGCUGCUGUGCCUUAGCCCCGGAGCCCGCAAGGCAAAGGGUUUGCGGCCCCUCCGGGAACAAGCCGCAGAGAUGCUGUACCAACUGCCCAGGAAACGGGCAUGGCGGACCAGCCGCGCGGAGGACACGGGUGUACCAUUCGGAUCCAUACCCCGUCAUGUUGGGCGAGGAUCGGAAAGUGGCUUUGGAAGAGCCAAUUCUGCUGCAGUCGGACCCACAUUCUGAGAUUCCAUACAGCGACUCCUCGCGAUCCUUACAGCCCGCCGUUCACGCGAUAAAUGAGAACUGCCAGGAUCCCCAGGAUCCCUACUAUCCGUAUCCUCCCCGAAGCACGCGUCAGCAGAAGGUGGAUCCUCUAGCCAACUUCGAUCUGAAUCGCUUCGACAGGGAAGCCAUCCAUCGAGGCCCCGCUGGCAGACGAAGAAACGUCUCCAUUCGCACCUGCGUCGAUUACGACUACGAGCCGGGAUAUCCAGCUCCAAGCAGUCCGCCCGGAAAUCGACAUCCACCAGCUCAAUCUGGAUAUUGUCCUCCGCGAGCCCAACACCCUCCGGCAUACCACCCUUCGUACGAACCUAAUCCAGCUGGUUGUCCCUCGGCAUCUUCGCCCAGAAUUCGCCUACCACCCGCAUCAUUCCAGCGUCCAUAUCAUCCCAGAACUCAUCCGGGAUUACAAGAAAAUACUGAAUUCGAUUACGUAAAGUGUCCGUUUAGAUGAUGGGUAACCAAUAGAAAUGCAAGCCUGAGAGUUUGAGGGGCACUGGCAGUUCUUCGCACUGUGCUUCAGUGUUGGAAACCACUUGCAGCAG